GUGUUGGCCUGGCUUAGCAUACUCGGCAGAGCAAUUUCUUUGCAAGCGUUUGGCAACUGUCCACAAGUUCUGCGAGGCCUUCGCGAAGGAGAUGUACAAUAGCACGAUGGACACAUCUACCUCCCAUCGGAACAGAACGGCGAGCUGGACCACGUCAGUACGACCGGCUUGGGUUCACGGGUGCGAUGGGUUGCAUGGAUGUAACUCAUAUCGGUUGAAAAAACCUAGCCCGUUCGUACCCAGGAAAAGAGGGGGUUCCCACGAUCGGGUACCAGUUCACGGUUAAUCACGUUGUCCGUGUAAUCGCCGUGACUGGGGGCUAUACGGGCUCGACGAAUCACACGAUCAUUGUGUGCUGGGAUGCCGCGGCGGAGACGAUUCGGACGGACAAGCAGCACACGGAGAAGACCUUCGACGUUUGCAUCGAGGACGGCACGACGACGACGCACAAGGGGUGCUAUUUGCUCGUCGACUACCAUGAGUGGGCAAUCCGGAUGGAUCCCUCCAAGUUCCCGCUGGGCGAGAACGACAUCCUCGUUUCGAAGAGGCUGGAGAGAGCAUGUGGCAACGGAAGAAAGACAGCGUUGCAUGCGGCGUGUGGAAGCUUUGGACCGAGAAUUGUCGGGUAGAGGCGGGGUACAACAGCCCGAGGCCGCCGCGCUCUCUGCGCUGAAGCAGGAGGAAAACUUCGCGCUGGAGAGUCAGCGGGCGGCAGCGCUGCGCGUCGCCGAGGAGUGCGAUGUGACCGUCGCUCUCGAGGAAGCGAAGUUUGCUCAAUGGAGGAAGGAAAACAUGCGCCGCAAGCAUGACUAUGUUCCGUUCGCUGUGAAGCUCCUGGACGUCCUGGCUGAAAAGGUAAGCGUCAAGGAAAUAACCAACGAGGCGAAGACAGACUUCAAAAACGUGGUCGACUCCAUGAAAUCCAAGGCGAAACACCGAGAAGACGCUAGGACUAGCGCUGGGGAAGGAUCGGAGGGUUUUAAAUAAAAACCAUCUCUUCGCCAGCGGCGACCCCCUCACGCACCAGCACCCUCCAUUCUUGGAACGGAGCGAUCCCGAGGGGAGUAGAUAAAGUACCGUGGAGUUGUGAAGCCCACAUACGCGAUUUGAAGCGGGGCAUGAGGUCGCUUGAAAGACAACAGGCGUCAACGUUGUCGAGUGCGUCAUAAGACAGGCUAUGGUGU